AUGGUUAAAGUAGCAACCUCGACUACUUUUCUUCUGGGAUCAUGUUACAUGAGCCAAAGUGCAUCUUUAACUGCAUUUAACAAUCAUCAGGAUGAUGAGGGAGCUGGUACAGCAUUUGCGAUAUCAUCGUUACCUCCUGAAAUACAUUUGCAUAUUUUGAAACAUUUACCACGAUACGAUAUCGAUAACUGCCGAUUUGUCUGCAAAAGAUGGAAGGAAAUGAUCGAUCGUAACAGCCAUUCGCUUAGGAAACAUCUCGUACAGAUGCUUGAACUCCGAGAAUAUAAAUCUCGAUUCAUCCUCACUUUAAAUUGUUCAAAUCUUUUGAAAAGUUGGACAUUUUGUGAACAUAUUACAAGUCGUCCAUCAUCUUUCGGCCUUGGAAAACGACGACGUACGAGAACUUUAACAACACUUAACAACAAUGAAGGACAACAACAACAACAACAACAACAACAAUGGUAUGAUAUGGCUGAACAGCAGCAGCAACAACAACAACAUCAACGAUCUGCAGAAAAAUUACCUCAUCUGCUCAUUUAUGUGAGAGAGGCCUCUCCAUCUACUUCUUACCUGCCUGUCUUACUGCCAAAUAUAUCAAAUGACAGUAAUUGGCAUACGGAGGAUCACGAUGAGCGAAAGCGACGAGAACACACACCGUCACAAUUGUUAUGCGAACGAAUAGCGAAAUAUUUCCGUGAAGCGGAUAUUCAUUUUUUGAGAUUGACUGAGAUGCGAUUUACGGAUCGUUUCAUAGAUCGUCUUUCAAAAGCUUUCGGAACAUGUAAAAUACGAUGUAAAAAAGUGGAAAUAAGCAUGUGCAAGUUAAAUUAUGUAUCACCAAAAAAAUUCCAUCAAUUUCUUCAAUUGAUUGAAUGUCAGAAAUUAUCACUGAUUUGGUUGCGCGGCAAUCACGGCCACAUAGACAAUUCUCGACAGUUUCUUUCUGAAUUUCUCGGUCUUAGCUGUUUGAGCAUUUUUGCUCUUACACCUCAGACAGCCAUUGGCGAUGAUCAAUUUCUGGCUGAUUUUCUGGAAGGCAAAGCUACGAAAUGUUUGAAAGAAACUGUGCUCCGAAUAGAUAAUAGUUCAAUCACUACAAAUGGAUUUUGUCGAGCUAUUGAAAGAUGGAAACAAACCGAUACACGUUGGAUUUUGAAUCUUUGUGUGGGUUCGGAACAUAUUGAUAUUGAUGACAUUUUGAAGCACUUAUCGUUGAAUCAAAGUAAGCCACGACAAGGUGCAUUCCGGAUAGCUCAUCCACAACUGCCCGAUGAAGCACUUUUACUAUGGGAUGAUAAAGAUGGUUUGCAUAUAGCCAGCAGUGGAAAACCGGUUUCCUGA